AUUUUUGCGAACAGUACCUACCCUUAAUGUAAAGUUUGCGUGCAAUUAUCAUAAUACGUGCCUCUGCCCUGUCUUUUGAUUGGUCGCGCACAUGACAAACUUGCACGCCACCGCAUAAUAUAAACAGACAGUUUGUGUAAAUACGUCUUUGAAUCUAAAAUAUCCAUGCUUUGUCUUAUUUAGAAUGAUAAGGUAAUAAGGCAUGCGCGUCGAGAUUUGUAUUUUUUCCAGUAAAAUUAAUUCAGAUAAUUUCAUACUUCAUGUCUGAAACAGAAGAUGAGGAAGUUAUUGACAUCUGGGACGAUAGUAAGCUAAACAAGGCGUAUGACAAGGCCCUGAAUAUAGCUAAUGUGGAGGUCGCCAAACGACUUGCCAUGUCCACCAAUACUCAAACAGCUAAAGAUGUUCCAGGAUCAAAACCCAAGAAAGCAGCACCAAAUUCCGCACCUUCUAAAAGUCAGAAGAAAAGGCAGAAAUGGAGAGCUGGCAUGCAUUGCCGUGCUGUGUACGAAGUAGAUGGAGUAGAGUAUGAAGCAUUCCUCAUGCGAAUCUUCAAUGAGAAGGAGUGUGUUGUGCGCUUUAUAGGCUAUGAAAAUACAGAGAUAGUACCGCUAAACUCUCUAAAACCAUCGCUUGGUAAAAGUCAAAGGAACAAACAGAUAGCGGAAGCUUUGGAGGAGAAUUUCGAGGAAUGCUUGAGCAGCCACUCUCAAACUGCUGAGGAAAUGGACGUCAGUGAUAGACCACAGAGUACAGGAAGCUUGGCAUCCUUGCAAAGAAAAAAGUCAAAGAAAAGUAAACCGAAGCAAAAAAAUGAGUUCAUCCUUCCAGAACUACCACCAAUGCCAAUGCCAAAUAUUGGUCAAUUCAAAAAUAUAGUUUCAAUGGACAUGCCCAUUCCGCCACCACCUCCCUUGGGCUUCUCGAACGGUUCAAACAAUGCAUCUGAAGACCAAGCUAUUUCAUCGAUGUUACUCAGCUGGUACAUGAGUGGAUAUUACACUGGCCUCUAUCAAGGGAUGAAACGUGAACGGGAACAAAAAUCAUCAAAGAAUUGAAAUUUUAAUGUAACUAGCAAUUGUAUUCACAAAUAUAACUAUGAAGUGUAAAA